UGGGAGUGUGGAGCUCUAUCGGAAGUAACAGUUGAAUGUUCAUCCAAUUAACUGAUAUUUCCUCGUGGUUUGACACUGUCUUUCUAAGUUUUCUGCUUCGUUAAUGAUUUCAGAGAUGCUUGGUAGGAUAAUCUUCAUUACUAGGCGGUGAAACGCCGAAGAAUUUGAUUUGAUCGAGCGAUCCAGGGAAAUUUUCAUGCUGUCGUUGGAGGGUUGUGUCUGCAGCAGGUUCUGAACUAAGCGUGAACCCCGGAAAGCGCUUCAAAAAGCCUUUUUCUGGAUAAGGGGGACGGCUUGCGAUUAUGUCUGUACGUAGUGGUCCAGCACAGGUGAAAUUGGCCGUCGAAAGGGAAGGUCAACUUCCCUUGCUUACAACUUUUGAUCAGAGUCGACCAUUAGACGAAAUUAUAAGAGAAAUCUGCUCGAAUUGGUCUAUACCAAUCCCAGAGCAGUAUGCCUUUCAGUAUUCUGACUAUAACUAUUACAUAACUGAGGAGAACCGCAGUGGAAUAAAGAAUGGGGCUGUGCUGAAACUCACACUCUCGCCGGCCAAGCGUGCACAAGAUGUUGUUGAGCGUCUGGAUUCAACCAACCCUGAAGAAAGAAGAAAUGCUUUAGCAACCUUAUCCAGUAUCUCAGAGGAUCCAACCUUUGCCAGUGAGUAUAUAAAACGAAAUGGCCUGGUUCUUCUUCUCAGCAUGGUGGAAGGAAAGCCAGAGAGUAAUGAGUCCUUGGCUAACUGCUUGACCUCUUUUCAAGAGCUGAUGGAUCAUGGUGAAGUUUCAUGGGAUUUCCUUACGCAUGGCUUCAUUAAAAAUUUGACAGUUUUUGUAAACAAGAAGAAUCCACCUGUGGACUCCACUGUACUCAAAAGGUGUCUAUCUAUCUUAGAAGCAGUGUGUACAAACAGCCCAACAUUUUAUCCACUUGUAGAAAAAGAAGUGGUCUUUGAGCAUCUUAUUCUCCAUCUGAAAAACGCAAAUCAAGAUAUUCAGCUGAAUGCUAUAGCUCUCCUCAACAGCCUUUUCAUGCGUACAUCAAACAAAAGGCAAUUUGUAGAUACACUUUCAAAGAAAGGAGUAAGAACGUAUAUUAUGAACGAUAUUAUCCGAGGUUCACCGACUAUGAGAAGUGAAAUGGAGCAUCAGCUUUACGUGUACCAGUCCCUCAUAUUCCGCGCUCUUUUGGUAGAUAUGUCCCUUAUUAAAGGAAAUGCUCAGAAUCAGAGUCUUUUUGAAAGUCUUAAUACCUUGCGACAAGUAGUGUUUGAGUCAGAUAUUGUGGCCGCGAGCUCAGGAAGACCUCUUUCGCAAGCGGGAGAACUUUCCAAGGACUUCAAAAGACUUGGAUUUAUGGACAUUGACACACCAGCAAAUGACUUCAGCGAAGCUCCUCCCGGCCUUCUUCCUCUUCAUAUUAUGGUUUAUUUUGCGCGCAAACACGAGGAACAAUAUGUGAAGGUCAUAUUAGAAAACCAUGCUCGAGGCGACGAUUAUGAGUGUCCAUUUGCUCGCACCAGUAUUGCUCUGACUAAAAUGUUGUGUGAUGUACUGGAAAUUAAUGCAGAACCACCGUCUGAUUCCGGUAAGGAGUACUACCCAAUAUUUUUCACAAUGGACUUUGCAUUUGAGGAAUUCUUUUGCAUCUGUAUUCAACUUCUGAAUAAGACGUGGAAAGAGAUGAAAGCCACUUCAGGAGAUUUCAACCGUGUUAUGCAAGUUGUCAAAGAUCAGAUCUGCAGAGGGCUCAAAGAGAAACAUCUCUCCAUGGAAUUGUUUAGGACGUACGUGUUCAACUUAGGAUAUUCGCAAAUUGUUAAAAUUCUUCAAGAGGAAAUUCAUGCGAGAAACAUCAUGGAGCUCAAGGCUAAACCUGUCGUGGAACUUAGAGAACAAGUUCUGCCCGAACUAAAAGAAUUAGUCAAACAACAGGUGACCUCUGAUCUCUAUCAUCCGUACAUCCCGUUAUGUUUUUCUCUGAUGUACGAGACUGAAGCAGAGGAGAAACAUCUCGAUUUCAUCGCAGCGAACCAAAAAACAUUUGCCAUUUGGACAGACGGCUUCGCAACGCUUCUAAACAAAGGGAUGCCUUCAACGGAGUCACAUGAAGAGUUGGAGACCCUUCUAAAUAUGGAAAUGAAACUGAGACUCUUGGAUCUGGAGAAUAUAACCAUUCCCGAAACUCCGCCGCCCAUACCUGCCGAGCCCCCGAAUUUUAACUUCGUCUACGACUUUAGUUAGCUUUAUGGCGAUUUAGGGCGUUCUUCCGAUUUAAGUCCGAAAAUGAAUUUCUAAUCAUUUCAGGUGGAGUGCCAUACUGUUAGCCCAAUGAGGAAGAAAAGAGAACGUUAAAGUGCCAUUUCUCAUGUCUUCUGCAACUUUUGCUCCAAAGCUGAUUGGUUUAAUAUGUUUAAAACUUUGAGCUUUUCGGGCCAGUAAGCGGUGUAAACGUUUUAGUAAGCCAUUGUCAGGGCUACCUUGGCUUUGACCGGUUAGAUCAUUGAUUUAUUCAUGCAUGAAAGAGAGCGUUUGGGAGCGUUUUGAACUAAAGCGACGGGAUGGAAUUAGCCAAAUGAAACACAAAACAACUCAGAGAAACAGUUUCUGUUUGUGGUUAGUUAGUUGGUGAGCUAGUUGUUGGCUUGUUUAUUUAUUUAGCAAGCGCUGAUUUCUCGAAAUUUACGUUGUUUUGUUUGUUUUCUUUUGGAAGUGCCGUUGAAAUCAAAUGUGCAAUUCAUUCCUAGUCCACUUAAGGUUUCUUUCCUACCGGUCUUCAUUUUCGGAAAUGAUCUGAAAAACGCCCCUCCUAAUUCAGUUUAAUUGCCAAUGUGUAACAAGAGAAAGAAGUACGAGCUUGAGAUGUGGUUUAAUAUGUAGGUAUUUUGAUAUGUAGUUUGCAUGAUACGAAUUUUAUUUUGGAAUAUAUAUCUAUGGGCUACUUUCAUUUAAGAAAAUGAACGCAAAUGAUUAUUAUAGUAAUCUUGUGUUAAUAGUUAGUUAGCGGGUUUAAUAGACUUCGAACACUAAAUUCCUCAAGGAAAACAGCCGCUCUGCGAUGAGAGAAACAUUUCCUUAUUAUUGCCAACUUUGUGCGACAAUGUUCCCCUUUCGACCUUUAUUAUGUUACCCUUUAUCAAAAGAAUUAUCUAGUUUUUCAUAAACGAUUAAGGUCUCUAUUCGCACAAGCUACUUUUAAUGACUCACUACAAUAAUUUUACGAGAAAUUAGGAGACAUGAAACACUCUUAACUGGUAAUUAAAAUUGUGCGAAUUAGAAAACCAACACUCCUGUUUGUAAAACAAAGGAGAGCAAAAAGCAUUUGCUUGUGGAAACUGGGUCUGGAGCGCCGUAGUCCAAAAUACGUCUCUCGGAAUCUUAGUCAUGGUCGUUUUGAAUCCCCACCAAACUUCUUCAUACUUUAUGGUCUUUGCCCCAUUUAAGUCCAUCCUUCAUAUCCUGUCUUUUGCUCUAAUGGAACCACUAGUUUACGUUUCUUUGGCGUCGAGGAUAAUGUUGCAUGUCGUGACAAACGAAGAAACUCUGUAGUGACCUAUAUUGUUAAAAGCCUCGGCGAUGUGAAAGUUUCCCUUACGUUUUGUCCCGUAGAAUCAUGAUAACAUGUGAAUGAACUAUCAACUAAAAAAACUGCGGCUGAACCAGGUUAUUUAAGCGUGGCGUAUUCUCGUUGAGUAAACACGGGCUACUGGUUUUCUGCAACUUUGUAAAGAACAAAAAAAUAACCAAAUAGAACAACGGAAUCUUACAUAAAAUGUGUGAGGCUUUUUAUUGCAUGUUUAUAAGGUUUUUUAGAAUCUUACUAAUCUCCCAGCGCUAGUAUUUGAUGUAGGAAUUGAAAUAUUUUUGGACAACCGCGUUCACAGAAAGACGACAGUAAGCAAGAAACUUAAAUCUUGCUGGUUGUUUUUGCAGUUCUAUCAUUUCUUUGUAACACGUGAAGCUGAUUCCAACGACCCCAAGAAAACCGAGCCUUAGAAAUAAAACGAUACCAUUCGCAGUAACUCGCCAACUUUUGGAAUUCCACAGUAUUUCUAACCCACCAUGUUUUCGCUUAUGAGUCUGGUAUAUCUAAAAAGUUCUCUCUUCGUUCCCCUGAGAGCAUCGCACCAUGAAAUGCAAUGAAUUUGUGGCCAUAUUCUACCACAAUACUUUUAUUUUGUUAUUACUGUAAGUAACCAUAUUUUUAUAUAUAUAAAGAAGAUUUUUUAUAGUUAUCUUUGCUUCUGUUAAUUUGAAUUAUUCUGAAUAAAACUCAUGAUAGCACUCA